AUGAUACACAGCGCCACGCCACACACAGAGAAACCGCUGCAACCCCAACCUUCGCCGUCGAAUUCGCUUCCUCACCGGAAGAAGAAGCGCAAGCGCAGAGCCGCCACCACUUCCACUUCCGUUUCCUCUGAAGCCAGCUACGCCAAUGGCCUUGACCAGCUCACGAGUCGCAUUCAUGACUCUACUGUUGAGUGCGAGCAGAAACCUAAAGCGGAACAGAGUAAAGCCCCUUUCCGUUUGCAGGAGCUAAGACAGAGAAGCGUAAGCGGUGGCGAGAGUUUGGGAUAUUCCGCGGUUACGGCCGUUGAUGCAGGUUGCGUUAAGGAAGUUAGUUCCAUUGUAGCGGCAACAUCGGAGGCGGCGGAGUCUUUGGAGUUAAAGGGUGUUUUGGAAAAUGAUUCGAUCUCGAAGAAGUCACCCGUGUCAUACUUUUUUGAGAAAGUGUACUAUGGAAAUUCUGUGUGGAGCACAACAACUAUUGGGGAUGAAAAGGGACGAGAAAGAGUUUAUGACACUAUCUUCCGAUUACCAUGGAGAUGUGAAUUGCUUAUAGAUGUUGGUUUCUUUGUCUGCUUCAAUUCAUUUCUGUCACUGUUAACUGUCAUGCCCACAAGGAUAGUGAUGUCCUUCUCGAAGCUUCUGAAAACAAGGAAGUUCAAUAGGCCAUCUACGAUUGAGUUGUCAGAUUUUGGCUGUUUUCUUAUUUUGGCUUGUGGAGUCUCUGUUUUGCAGCAAAUAGAUAUCAGCUUAAUAUAUCAUAUGAUCCGUGGUCAAGCAACAAUCAAGUUGUAUGUGAUCUACAAUAUGUUGGAGAUAUUUGAUAAAUUAUGUCAAAAUUUUAUCGGGGAUGUUCUGCAAAUGCUAUUUCAUUCAGCAGAAGAACUUGCAAGAUGUCCCCCAGAAACACAAACUGUACUUGUUCAUUCUUUUAUCUUAUUAGUUCAGGCAAUCACUUUAUCAGCCUGUAUUGUUUCUCACUACAAUGCCCUUCCAGCCUUGCUUGUGUCAAAUAAUUUUGCUGAGAUAAAAAGCUAUGUGUUUAAGGGAUAUAGUAAGGAUAAUGUUCACAGUAUGGUGUACUCUGAUUCCAUAGAGAGAUUCCAUAUAUCAGCAUUUAUCUUAUUUGUUUUGGCUCAAAAUAUUCUGGAGGCAGAAGGAGCCUGGUUUAUGAGCUUUAUCAGCAAUAUCCUCUUGGUUUAUCUAUUUGAAAUGGCUAUAGAUGUGAUCAAGCAUUCUUUCAUUGCCAAAUUCAACAACAUUUCGCCCAUUGCAUAUUCUGAGUUUCUUGAAGUCCUAUGUAAACAGACUCUACACAUGCAAACUGAGAAUGCAAAGAAGAAGUUGACUUUUGUCCCUCUUGCUCCAGCAUGUGUGGUCAUUCGAGUUCUGGCUCCAGUUUAUGCUGCUAACCUUCCUUACAAUUCCCUUUCAUGGAGGCUUUCUUUGAUUCUGUUAUUUUUAGCCAUAACCUACAUUAUGCUAACAAGCCUCAAGGUUCUAGUUGGCAUGGUUCUACAGAAGCAUGCCAGAUGGUAUGUUAACCGCUGUCAAAGCAGGAAGCAUCAUCUUCAUGCAGAUUAA